AUGGUCAGCGAACGACUGGACAACGCGUACCAUAGGUACAUUAUGUACCAUCCUGCACGUGCUGGCCUUCUUGCCCGGGAGCUGCACAAGCUGAACGUGCAUGUGGCCGCCAUCCAGGAAGUGCGAUGGCCCGGUCAUGGAGAGCGAGAAUUCACGGCGGUGGACCCCAUCGCCAACACCUCUUUCAAGUACCACAUCUACUACAGUGGCGGCGAAAAGGCGAUGCACGGAGUCGGUUUCGUAGUGAUUGGGGAUCAGAAGAACCGAGUCAUCAAGUGGAAGGUGGUGAAUGACCGGAUCUGCGUGUUGAGAAUAAAGGGCAAAUUCUUCAACUACAGCCUGAUCAACAUCUACGCUCCGACGAACGACAAGCCCGAUGACGAGAAAGACGCUUUCUACGAGCGUCUGGACAAGACCUAUGGAGAGUGCCCAAGACACGACGUGAAGAUAGUCAUCGGAGACGCAAACGCGCAGGUCGGAAGGGAAGCCUUCUUCCAUCCUGUCAUCGGCAAGGAGAGCCUUCAUCCUCGCACGAAUGACAACGGCCUACGUUUGGUCAAUUUCGCCGCAGCCAGAGGAAUGGCUAUCUGUAGCACCUUCUUUGCGCGCAUGAACAUUCGGAAGCACACCUGGCGACACCCGAAUGGCGAAUCGUGCACACAAAUCGAUCACGUUUUGGUGGAUGGUCGACACUUCUCGGACGUGAUGGACGUCCGAUCGUACAGAGGACCGAACAUCGACUCUGAUCACUUCCUGGUAGCGUGUAAAAUCCGAGCUAGGCUGUCGAACGUGCUGACCCCGCGGACUGCGAGGGUAGCGCGGUUGAACGUCCAGCGCCUCGCGAGCAGCGACGUUGCUGCAGAGUACAGUCGGAAGCUUGACGAGCGGAUCAACGAGGACGCGCCUACGGGUAACCUGGACGAGCAAUGGGGAGCCCUCCAGAGCAUCGUCAACACAACGGCUACCGAAGUGUUCGGCACGACCAGAGGACGCAAACCCAAAGGGUGGUUCGAUGCGGAGUGCCAGCGAGUGACGGACGAGAAGAACGAGGCCAGGAAGCGUAUGCUCGUUAAGGAACGGGAGUACGACGAAACGGUACUUGCCGAAGCGGAAGCACAGUACAACGCGAACGAUAAGCGGAGGUUUUACGCAACUGUCAACGGUGUAAGAAGGAAAACCACGCCUUCCCCUGUGAUGUGCAACGACACGGAAGGCAACCUGUUGACAGACAAGACUGCGGUGGCGGCUAGGUGGAAGGAGCACUUCCAGCAGCUGUUGAACGGUGAGGCACGAGAGGGAAUCGUCGAGGACAGGAUACACGUUGAGGAAGAUGGAAAAGCUGUGGACCCGCCUACGUUGGAGGAAGUAGCUAAGGCUGUUAAAGAGCUCAAGAACGGGAAAUCCGCGGGAAAGGACGGACUUCCGGCCGAACUUUUCAAGCACGGGGGUACGCGGAUGACCGAGAUUCUGCACCAAAUCAUCCUACGCAUUUGGUGCGAAGAACAGCUUCCGACCGACUGGUUAGACGGGCUCGUCACCCCAAUCUACAAGAAAGGGCAAAGACUCGAUUGUGCCAACUAUCGAGGCAUCACAAUCCUCAACGCAGCGUACAAAGUACUCUCCCGCAUCCUGUGGAGCAAGCUGAGACCGAUGACCGAGACCUUUGUCGGCGAAUACCAGUGCGGUUUUCGAGCGGUUCGGUCAACGACGGAUAAGAUGUUCACUCUGCGACAAAUCCUCGACAAGUUCCGGGAGUACAACCUGCAAACACACCAUUUGUUCAUCGACUUCAAAGCGGCGUACGAUUCGGUCAAAAGAAACAAACUUUGGAAGAUUAUGGUAGAACACGGCUUUCCGGCGAAGCUUAUAAGACUGAUUCGUGCAACGCUCGACGGAGCAAAAUCAAGCGUGCGAAUAGCCAACGAGACAUCUGAAGCUUUCGUUACGUUGGAUGGAUUGAAGCAGGGCGAUGCUCUCUCGAACUUACUGUUCAUCAUAGCGUUGGAGGGUGCUGCGCGAAGGGCAGGCGUGCAAAGAAACGGAACACUCAUCACUAAAUCGCACAUGCUGCUUGGAUACGCUGACGACAUCGACAUCAUUGGUAUCGACCGUCGUUCAGUGGAGGAGGCGUUCGUCCCUUUCAAGCGGGAAGCUGCGAAGAUCGGACUGACCAUUAACACUGCCAUGACCAAGUAUCUGGUUGCUGGCAGAGCGCGUGGCAGUGCAGGUGAUGGUGUUUCGGAGGUGGAAAUAGAUGGAGAAAGAUAUGAGGUGGUGGAUGAAUUUGUAUAUCUUGGUACACUCGUGACGUCCUGA